GAACGUGCGCCCAUCCCUUCGCGCCGCGUCUCACUUCAAUCUAGGAGGAAUCUCUCGCGGCUAUUACUGCUUUUAAAGUGUACAGAACUCGUCAUCCGUGUCCGAGCGCGCCGGUGGUCGAUCGGGCGAGAACGAGAAAAGGGAGAAAUCGACGUCGUCCAACAUCCUCAUCCGCUCGAGUUCGCGAGUCAACUCGGAGAACUAGUCGAGCUUUAUCUGGAGUGCGUCAAGCGGAGCAUCGACCUGUCAGUUUGUCAGCUCACGACUCGACUCGCAUCGAAGAAUGUUGAUGCACAACAUUAGCGGUAUCGUAGCCGGGCCAUUGGCUUUCACUAGCAGAGUCGGGGAUGUACAGCCGUUACAAGAACGAUUUCUAGGAUGGAACUUUCCUGCCGAGCACGCGGACCUUGUGCAUCCGCAUUGGCGCGCAUUUCUCGCACCCGGAAGAUUAUGGCAUGUCGCUCUUGCGCUUACUUACCUCUUGCUCUUAAUGCUCUCUUUCGUCGGGAAUGGCAUUGUCAUUUGGAUUUUCAGCACAUCAAAAUCAUUGAGAACGCCAUCGAACUUAUUCGUCUUGAAUUUGGCCGUAUUCGAUCUACUGAUGGCAACGGAAAUGCCUUUGUUAAUUAUAAACAGCUUCUUAGAACGAACAAUUGGUUGGGAAACCGGAUGUGAUGUAUAUGCAUUACUCGGUGCGAUUUCUGGAAUGGGACAAGCGAUCACUAAUGCGGCGAUCGCUUUCGAUCGAUACAGAACAAUUAGCUGUCCGAUUGACGGUAGACUAAACGGAAAGCAAGCUAUGGUGUUAGUUCUCUUUACGUGGUUCUGGGCACUACCCUUCUCGAUAUUGCCCAUGACGGGAUUAUGGGGUCAAUAUGUGGCAGAGGGUUUCCUCACCACGUGCAGUUUUGAUUAUCUUACGGACAAUGAGGAUACAAGAACUUUUGUGAUAACGAUAUUUUUCUGGGCGUAUGUCCUUCCUAUGCUGCUGAUUAUUAUUUUUUAUUCGCAGUUGCUAAAGUCUAUUCGCACUCAUGAGAAAAUGCUUCGCAACCAAGCCAAGAAGAUGAACGUCAAGUCGCUCGUUUCAAACCAAGACAAAGAGAGGAGCGUCGAGAUGAGAAUCGCGAAAGUUGCUUUUACGAUUUUCUUCCUCUUUGUACUCGCAUGGACACCGUACGCGGUCGUUGCUUUAACGGGAGUCUAUGGAAAUCGCGAAAUGCUUACUCCACUCUCGACUAUGUUGCCAGCCAUAUUCGCCAAGACGGUAUCGUGUAUCGAUCCAUGGAUAUACGCAAUUAAUCAUCCUAGAUAUCGACAAGAAUUACAAAAACGCUGCAAAUGGAUGGGAAUCCGCGAACCUGUAGCCGAAGAUUCCGUAUCGACGCAAACCGAGAAAAUUACUGCUGAAGAAUCAUAAUCUCACUGAUGUUCAUUAAGUAUCGUCGAUGACGAUAGUCGAGAGAAUGUCGAUCGGUCGUGUCACGAAUACAAUAUUGAUCAACUUGCCUAGAUAUUCUUUUCUCUUAAAAGAUAUUUUAUUUGUAUAAAAAAAUAUAGAUGGAAAUUCUCUCUUUUUGUUUUGUGAAAGCAAACUCGCGAAUAAAAAACGAUCGCGUAUUAUUGUUUAUAGUUUAUACAUGUCAAGGUAUUAUAUAAAUAUAAUUCUGAGCAAAUAUAAAA